AUGGCAGAUAUUAAAAAUAUAAUAGCUUCAAUUUCUUCUAGCCUACGCGAACCAUCGAAUGAUGACAUAAUAUAUUUGGAUGAGUGCAGUGUAACGGGACACAAAGACACCUUUGAGGAAGGUGUGUUCAUCGAUUUGAUUUCUUUCGAGAGCUUUAGUUUGAAAUGCCUGAAGUAUAACUAUAGCAGGAUGAUGAACCAAGGAAAGAAUCAGGAAAUUCGCUUGGGGGGUAGAUUUUACCUGAAUAUUAAGAAGAAGAAAAACUUACUAGACAAGAUUGAAAAGAGUGAUAUAACAACUUUGAGCAUUAAUUCCGAAGGUGGGUUCAAAGAGAAAAAGAUGUAUGAAUACAAAUGUGAGUAUUUUAUAUAUGAUUUUGAAACAAAGAUGUAUAUAGAGUUAGAAGAAGUAGAUGAUGAACAUGUGAAGAAUGUAUGCAAUAGUAUAAUAAAUCACAGAAAUGAAAUAAAAAAAGAAAAAUUGAAUAAAUGGGUGAACGAAAUAAAGGAGAGUAAAUAUGCAAAGGAUUUAAUACAAUUACCAAAUAUUAAAAUAAAAAAUGAAAAUAUUGAAUGUGCAGUGUGUAAAGCUAAGAAAAAUAUAUGGCUAAAUUUAUCUGAUGGUUAUAUUGGAUGUGGAAGGAAAAUAUUUAAUUACGGAGGUGGGUGUUUAAAUAAUGAAGAAGGAGCAGCAUUAAAACAUUACUAUGAAAGUGGUAAAAAAUAUCCAUUAGUUGUAAAAAUAGGAACUAUUACAAAAGAAGGGGAAGCAGAUGUAUUUUCCUAUGCAGAUGAUGAAAAUGAUAGUGUAAUCGAUCCCUAUAUAGAAACACAUUUAAAAAAUUUAGGAAUUAAUAUAAUGAAUUUAAAUAAAACAGAAAUUACAACUUUAGAAAAAGAAAUUCAAGAAAAUCAAAAUAUAAACUUCUCAUCAAUACUAGAUCAAGAUAUACAACUUAUAUGUAAGCAAGGAAAAGUUGGCUUCCUAAACUUAGGAAACACAUGUUACAUGAAUUCUGCAUUGCAAGUUUUACUCUCCAUUAGAGAUAUUAGUGAUAGGUAUAUAAAUAAUAUAUUUGAUUUUUUAUUAACUCUAGACUGUAAGAUGAAAACACAUCAUGAUUUAUUUAUUCAAUAUUCAAAACUAUGUUAUAUGAUUUUUCAAAAUGAUUAUAUUAAUAAUAAAAAGAAUUAUAUAAAACAUUUUAAACAAGAAUGUAUAAAAAGAAAUGUAGAUGUAAAUUAUGAUAGUGACGUAGAUGAAGAAAAUUGCGUAAGUAUCAAUCCAUAUAUGUUUAGAACAUGUGUAAAUCAAAAAAGUAACUCUUUUUGUAAUAAUAACCAACAAGAUAUUUUUGAAUACUUAUCUUAUCUUUUGAAUGAAUUGAUUGAAAAUGAAAAUAAUAAUAUAUUUCAUAGAAUUCUAAAUGGAAACAGUUCCAACAAGAGAAAAUUAAAUCAGGUAGAUAAUAUCGAACAUGGAAUAAUUGAAACGGAACAACAAAGUAAAAAAAAUAAUAACGUGUCCACAUUGGAUGGAUCAUCAGAUCAUCACACUAUGAAGAAAAAUGAAAAAUCUCUUUUUAAUUUUUUUACAUUCGAAAUGGAUCAAACUAUUGUUAGUAAUGAACAUAACAUAAGUCGAAGUUCUUUUCAAAAUAAUAUUCUCUCAUUAGAUAUUCCGAUUGAUAAUUCUGUUUUAAAAAAUUGGGAAGAACAAGUAACCAAUAUCCGUAUAACACUAUUGGAUUGUUUGAAAAACUUUAUUAAAAAAGACACAAUUGAUGAAUAUUAUUGCGAACAAAAAAAAACAAAAGUUUUUGCACAGAAGGAUAUUAAAUUUAAAACAUUCCCUCCAUAUCUUUUUAUUCAUUUAAAAAGAUUCUAUGCUGAUGAAAAUUGGAAUGCAAAGAAAAUUAAUAUCCCUGUAGAAACAGAUGAAUAUAUAAACUUGGAAUUUAUGCGAUCAGAAAAAAGUUCGCUACUAUCAGAAGACAACUUGUGUCAAAGUGAAAAGGACACCAAUUUUGUAUCAAAAAAUAAUUUAAACAAUGAUGCACACAUUAUGAAUCAACACAAAGAUCUUUUAGAAUCCCUUCUAGACUUAGGAUUUCAAAAGGAAAAGGUUAUCGAAGCUAUUAAAAAAGUUAAAGUGAAAAAUGUUAACAAUUGCAUUUCGUAUAUUUACGGAGAGGAUUCAGUAGAACUUGACCUCCAAGAAAUUAAUCACGGAACGGAGGUCAACUCAGAAAAGUUGAAUUCCAUUCUCAGCAUGGGUGUUAACAAGGACGUGGCUAUGGCUUCCCUAUGCAUUAAUAAAAAUGAUCUGCAGAAAUCCAUCGAUUAUAUUUUCUCCAAUCUGGACGAGCUCACUGAGAGCAAGUGUGCUUCCAUUCUCAACAGGAACAAGUGCGACGAUGGCUUGGCUAAUUACGAAUUAAUUGCGUCCAUCGUACAUAUAGGAAAUAAUGCUAACUCUGGACAUUACGUCUGCUACAUAAAGGACAAUUCUCAAUGGUACGUAUGCAAUGACAACAAGAUUGGUUUGUGUGAAACAAAUAAGGGAAAGGACAAGGCAUAUAUUCAUUUGUACAAGAGGAUCUAA